CCCUCUGUUUCCAAACCUAGUAUUAAAUGCUGCAGCUGGAAAACCCACCCACCUUCCACAAAAAACCUCCCCUAAUCUUGUUCACCUUUUCCUCUCUCUAAAUGGAUCCUCCAACACCUUCAAAUGUCCACUCCAACUCCCACCACAACCGCUGCUUCACCACCCAAUUACCUAGCAAACCUUGGCCUUGGCUAUUCCAUUGCCAUUGCUCUUGGUUUCUUGGUUCUUUUUUCUACUAUUCUUCUUGCUUCUUACAUCUGUUGCCGUUAUUCUCGCCAUCGUAAUUCUAACCCUCAAAACAAUAAUCCAAAUAUUACCAACAACCCUAACUCUGAUGGAAUCAUUCUCCCUCGUGUAUUUUUCGUUGCUGAAGAUGAUGACCAAGACCAAAACCAAGAUGAUGAUAACGUAGUUGUUGGUUUAGACCAAUCUGUUAUCAACUCAUAUCCCAAGUUUCAGUUCACUAAAGAUAAUAUUUCCGGUGGUGGUGUUAAUAGUAAUAACACGACCUGUUCGAUCUGUCUUUGCGAGUACAAAGAUUAUGAGAUGUUAAGAAUGAUGCCCGAGUGUCGACACUAUUUUCAUCUCUGUUGCAUUGAUGCUUGGUUAAAGCUUAAUGGGUCCUGCCCCGUUUGUAGGAACUCACCGUUGCCGACCCCACUUUCUACGCCGUUACAAGAGGUCGUGCCGUUGGCCCAAUACGCUGCGGAUCGCAGGAGGAGGUGAUAUGGGUUUAGUUUGGUUUGGGUUCUUUUUUUAUUUUGAGUUGGGUGGGUGAUUUGGGAGUUUUGUUUGGUGUGUUUGGGCGUGGUUUGGAUAAUUGUAAAAUUUUUAAGUUUGUUUUAAUUUUUUAAAAGGACGUAGUAAUAGUGUUAUAGGGGUUUUUGUUUGAUGGAUUGUGAUUUUGAUUGGUUAGGUAUUUAGAGUACAAAAGAUAUGACUGAGUGAUGCUUUUAUGUUCGGCAGAAUUGAUAAUCAACUGAGUAAAGUUAAUCAUCUGAUUUUUUAUUUUAUUUUUGAUUUGAUUCAUAUAUUCAA